AUGGAUGAUAGGGGUUUACCAAUAAUCGUUGAGAGCGACGAUAAAAACAAGUUAAGCGAAAAAACAUUAAAUUUCAAUUUUUCUUAUGAAAGCAUUCUGAACAAUGAUAUAAAAAGACCGCAGGAGAUUGAUUGUGGAAUGUCAUGCUCCAGUUCCAUUUUUGAUGGUCGUGAAAAUGAUAGGGUUCUAGAAGAGAAUCCAUUGCACGAGGAGGGGGUAAAUGGCACUCCGAUGAGUAACGGAGGGGUAAGUAUUAGAAAUGUAGGAAGCGACAAUGUAGGAAGCGGAAAUAUAGGAAGCGGAAAUAUAGGAAUCGGUAAUGUAGGAAUCGGCAAUGUAGGAAUCGGCAAUGUAGGAAGCGGAAAUAUAGGAAGCGGUAAUGUAGGAAGCGGUAAUGUAGGAAGCGGAAAUAUAGGAAGCGACAGUGACGUAAUAAGGGGAAAGUACCCUUAUGGACACAGCGCCUUAGACGUUUCUUUUCAAAUAAAAAGCUGUAAGCAACAUGUAAACGAUCUUCUGCACAUAGAAAAAAAAGACAUAUUUAAUGAAAACAGUGUUGAAAUAAAUAAAGGUAUUAUCACUCGAAAUGCACACAUGCGCAAUGAAGAAAGUGGUAUGCAAAGCGUUGGAAAUAUAAUAAUAAAAAAUAUUUAUGGGAAGGGUAGUACUUAUGAAAAUGAGUUAAGCUGUGGGGAGUAUUCUGUGGCACAUGUAAGAAAUGUAAAUGUGCAUAUUGAUGGUGAUGAUGAUAUUGAUGAUGAUAUUGAUGAUCAUGAUGGUGUUCUUAAUGAUCAUGAUGGUGUUCUUGAUAAUGAUGGUGUUCUUGAUAAUGAUAAUAUAUCAUUUUACAACCUGCGCAAGACGGAAGUACAACAUAAUUGCGGAUCCAUAGGAGAAGAAAAACAUAGUGACAGUAUUAGUAACCUGAUAGCACAUUCCGGUGGUAUUAUUACCACGAAUAGUGCACAGAAUGACUUGUCUUCAUUAACAUAUGAUGAAAAAGUAUAUUUGUUGAGUCAGAAAGCAGAGGCAGAAAGAAAAAGUAGUUCAACAUGUGUAAUUUUAAACUCUGAAAAAACUACUAGUUCGAAUAUGAACGAAACAGUGUAUAAUAGCAAUGACUCAAGUAAUGCUACAACUAAUGCACCAAGUGUCGAUACAAAUGAUAAGAUGAAAAAUGGUAGAAGCGGUGUACAUGUAUUAUCAAAACCACGUGAUAUAAACGAAGAAAGAAUAUAUGAUGAAGUCAUUGAAAAAGAAAUAUUACAUUAUAAGAGUACAAUUUUUCAACUAAAAGCAGAGUUAGAAACAAAAAAUAGUAGUUAUCAAAAUGAAAAAAGGAAAAACGAAGAAUAUGCAAGGACAAUAGAAAAUUACAUCAACAUGCUUAAUGAUCAGUCAUAUGAUAAAAUUAAUUCAGUGGAAUAUUUAAAUAUGAAUAUUAACGAAAUAGAAAAUAAACAACUAAAACAGGAGUUGUUACUUAAGAAUAGUGAAAUUAUCGAGUUAAAUAAUGUAAUAAACAAUUUAAAGAGCCAAAAAAUCAUUUUUUUAAAUUGUUUAGAGAAUGAACUAGAAAUGAGUAUGAAAAAAGAAACAGAAUGCUCUUUACUUUUACAUGCACAAACUAAGCGUUUAACUAAUGCGAAUAAUUUUAUAGAAAAUCAACAGAUACAAUUGGAAGAAUUGAAAAAAGAGAUGCACAAAAUGGAAAAAAUGUAUAUUCUUCAUGUACAGAAAAAUGAAAAACAGAUCACCCAGUUGAUAAAAGAAAAAGAAGAGUUUCUAAAUAUUGCCAAAGAAUUGGAAAUCAUUAAUGUAGAUAAUAAAAAUAAAAAAGAAGAAAUAGAAAAAUAUAAGAAUAAAUGUAAUGAAUUAACAGAGGAGCUCAAUGAUCUAUUACGUAUAGUGUCCACAAAUGAUGAAGAUAAGAUGAUGAACAGUUUUGGAAAUUUUUAUCAGCAAAACAACUGGAGUUCCUUCAAAUGUAUGAACGACAGUUUAACCAGUGGUGAAAUUGUUUGUAGUCCUUUUACUAGCAAGAAAAAUAAUGACCCUAGUGAUGACCAAACAAUACUGAGAAAACAAUUAGGGAAGUACAUAGAACAGAAUGAUAUAUUAAAAAAAGAGUUAGAUGAAUACACAAAGAGCAAUUUAGAACUGGUUGAGCAGAUAAAGGAAAAGAAUGAAAUUAUUAAUCAGAGAAACCAAAUUAUUAAGGAGAAGAAUGAUAAUUAUAUUGUCCUUCUAGAAAAAUAUAAUAUUUUAGAAAAAGAUUUUGAGAACAUUCAUGACUUGUGCAUACAACUGGAGCACAAAUUCGGUCGGGAGCACAGCAUCACUUACCUAGGAAUUAAUAAUAAUAGCAAUGAUAGCAAUACCAAUCCUUCUCUGAAUAAAAAUGGCAACGUGCUCAGCAAGAGCAAUUUCUCUUUAAGCGAAUUAGAGCUAAACCAGAGCCAUCAAGGUGAGCAUGACGUUACUCACUACAAAAUAUACUGCUCCGAGUUGAGAUUGGAAAACGAAUCCUUGAAGGUAAUUAUUGAAAAGUUAAAGAGUAAAAAUAAAAAGCUAUCCAGAAAUAUGGAGUAUCUUUUGAAUGAUUUGAUACAUGCAGAAGAAGCGAGUAGUAGCUCUCCGGUUGGUAACAACCAAAGGGGUGCUUAUCCGAAUGAAUGCGGUGCAAAUUAUGGAGAUAAACAUAAUAAAUCGGACUUGACGAAUAAUAAGGAGAAGGGGGAAAUAGAUGAGGAAAUUCUAUACCCUGAAAAUGUGUAUACACUAAGAAGAUAUGAGGAAGGAGAAGGAAUAAAUAACGAAGACAAAAAAAAGGUGAACGACAAUCUUUUAGAAAAUAAAAAUUGUGAACAGGAUACUCAUAACCAAUUCCACAAAAUUAAAGAGGAAAAUAAAUAUGUGCAUGCAAGGAGAGGUCUUCCAGAUAAUGGGCAAAGAGACGAGUAUGCCCAGACAGAGAGAACCGUUUUGAGUAAUGAUAAAACAGAGAAGUAUGCACAGACGGAGAGAAGACCCUCAGAUGAUGAACAAAGAGACGGGUAUUCACAGACGGAGAGAAUCUCCCCGGAUGAAGAGAGAACAGAGAAGUGUGCACAAACAGAGAGAGGUUCGCUCGAUGGUGAGCGAAGAGACAGGGAUGUCCAGACAGAUAACAGUUCAAUUCAUAGAGAAAUGAAUAACCUAGUUAGCGAAGGUGUGAACACUGAAGAAAAAUCAUUUAGCGAUAAAAAAGUAUACACACAUGACAAUAGGUUCUUAGUUAACUCUUGCAUUAAUACAAAUAAGGUUGAUGUAGUCGAUGUAACGAUAAACACAGAAGAAGAGGGGAAAACUUUUACUUAUAAUAGUACUCAGACGAAUGAAGUCAACUACUAUGUGAAAUUUACACAAACAGAAUUGACAAAAAGAAUUGAUAGAGAUGUUUUAACAGAUAUGUGUGGAAUAAAUAAUUUUAAUAUUAAAAAAAUAAUGAUGAAGAAUAAUAUUUCGAAAAAUAAAAAAGUGCAAGUCGCAACAGCUAGUAUGAAUGCGUCGACACAAACAAGGGGAGGAAUGUUCACUGGUAGCAGAAGUAGGUGCAGUCGGACGGGAGAUGAAAACUACUACCCCUGCUUCGAUAUCUGCGAUGGAGAUAAGUACAAAAGGUACAAAAUAGCGAGAAGAAGAAAAAUAAAAAGCUGUUCCUCCUCCUGUUUAUACUCAAGUAAUUCAUCAAGGAGCUACUCCUUAACAGAUUCCAACGUUCCUUCUAGUGAAAUACUUUUAGCAAAAGAGAAACGAACAAAAGGCAGCACUUAUAACUGUAAUAAUGACAUUUAUAACGACGCGCACGAGGGUAAGAUGAUGCUCAGAAGGUUCAACUAUGAUAAUUAUAGCAUAUAUAAGCACCACAGGGGUAAACGCGAAAAACAGGAAAAACGGGAAAAACAGGAAAAACGGGAAAAAUAUGAACACUGUGAACAACAUGAACAUAGAAGACUUGCCAGGAGGAGGGAGGAAAAGAAUUACAUAAGGGUACUUUCUGCAAAUCGAAAAAAGGAGUACUAUCAGAACACAAAUGAUGCUAACAGUUUGGGUGAUACGAAUUUUGUGGGGAGUAAAAAAGAAAGGCGCAAUAAUUACAGACGAAACGAGAUAGAGGAAGUGGAAUCGCUCUUGGAAAUCCUCAAAUAUUCUUCCGAUAAUGGAAGUGAUAAAGGAAGCGAUGAAGGAAGUGGUGAUUGUACCGCUUAUGGUGCCGCUCAUAGGGCCGCUCAUAGGGCCGCUCAUAGCGCUUCCCACAAUGGUAACUCCCGUAUUUAUGGUAUUAAAAGACAAAGCACGAAACAAACAAAGAAGAGAAGACAACUAAACCAAAUGCACUAUACACAGGAAGAAAGAAAAAGAUACAGCAGAGGAAAAGAUCAUACAUAUAAAAUACACAAUAGUGAACUAAAUUGUAGUCAUAAAUUCUAUUCAUCUGAUGGUUCGUAUCUUCUGGACCAACAUAAACAAAAUGGAAGAAUUGAAAAGAGAUCAUAUAACCAGAAAGAUUAUAAUAAAAAAUAUAUGUGUUGUUAUUAUAAAAAAAGGGUAAGAACUGAAAAUAAAUGUGUUCAAACAGGGGAAGGGUUAAGUAACACCCUAUGGUAUUACUACAAUAUAGAAGAAAGUAUGCGUAAUGAUAGUAAUAAUAAGGAUAGUGGUAAUAAUAAGGAUAGUGGUAAUAAUAAGGAUAGUGGUAAUAAUAAGGAUAGUGGUAAUAAUAAGGAUAGCGGUAAUAAUAACGAUAGUGCUUUAAGAAGUAAAGUGAAGGAAUACUGUAAAGAUUUAUAUUAUACCGUAAUAAUCUGUGAGUACUGUAAUGGCUUUUAUAUAGACAUACUACUAAUACAUAUUUUUAAUAAAUAUUUAGAGUUUCUUAAGUACUCUAAUUCGUCUAUGCAUACUAUGCAUAUGAUAGAACAAUGUCAAUUGAAUAAAAGAAAAAUGAUAUAUUAUAAUAACACACAUGUACAAUAUUGUAAUCCAUGGUACGAUAAAAAUAAGAGGGAUGCCAAUUUUAAUAAUAAGUUCGAGUCAAAAAAUGGUGUAUCUAAUUGUUUAACUUGUUCAUCUAGCUUUCCCAGAUAUAAGGUUCACAGAAUAAACGCCAGUUCUCCCUCCAGUGUAGGUAAGUGUCCUAGUUGCUCAUGCACAACUCAGUUUUGCUAUAAAUGUAGUAGCGAGAAGAAGCCAGCCGACGUCUUAUUCGGAGAGAUGAACGGAAGUGAUAGCACUGCUAGUAGCUGUGGAAGCGCCGGUAGAAGCAAUUCCGGUUAUGUUACUCGCACCCACCAUAGUAGUCGUAGUAGUUAUUGUAGUCGUAGUAAUUAUUGUAGUCGUAGUAGUUAUAGUAGUCGUAGUAGUUAUAGUAGUCAUAAAAGUCAUAGAAACCGUAGUUGCAGCGCGGAGGAGGAGCACGAUGAUGCUGGCGAAGAUGAACAGGACGAGGGGGGCAACAAGGAGGAACGCAGAAGGAUGGAAGAGUUCAUUGUGAAGCAUAUUCCUUUCAAAUUGCGCAUUUGCACGUGUACAUACGUGAGCAUGAGCUACAGAAAAAUUCUUAUCCGUAAGGAAGAGGAAAAAAAGGGGUACAUGGAUCAGAACAAGGAUAGGGUGACGAACACAAAGGCGGAAAAAAAAAAAAAAAAAAAAAAAAAAAACGAAAAGGUAGGCGAGCAGAUGAGCGGGUGUAUACAUGAUCAAAUAUGCGAUCGAAUGUGCAACCGAAUGUGCGAACGAGUAAGUGAUAACAAUAUGCUCCCCCUGAGCAGCAACAUUUCAAGUGUUAUAUGCAAGCUUAGAUCGGAGUUGAAUGAUAUGAAAAACAUUAUUCAGAAUUUUCUUUUUUUAAAUACAAGUAGUAAACUAGGAAAUAUUAUUUUACAUACGGAAAAGGCCCGUGAUAUUCCUCUCCUUCUGUUCAAAUACGUAGAAAAUGCAAACGCAAAUUAUUCGUUGGGUUCCCAUCAGAGUAUAGAAUUCGAUAAUUAUGGUACCGGUAAGAAUGAAAAUUUAAUUUGUAAGCAUAACUUAGAAUGUGUAUAUAAUUCGUUAAACCAUUAUUCUGUGCCUAAUCAGAAAGAGGGAAAGGAGCAGACCUCCAAUAUCUGUAUGGAUGAAAGCUUCAACGGUUGUACAUGUGAACAUGAUAUUGAAAAGGUAAAAUGUUCAGGUGGUACAUGCUUUUCAAACCAGGCACACAUCAACAAUGCAGUGGAUAGCAUCGUCGUUCAUGAACCUACGAAUUGUAGAGAUAACGACAAAAGGGAAAGUAAAUGUAUUGUUCCUUCUCCUCAUUACGAAUGCAACUCUAUAAUUAAACUUCAACAACGGAAAGAUAUGUACAGUGUACGGGGAAACGUUUCCCCUUGCGUAUAUUGCUUCCAUUCAAAAGAUAGAGAAAUUGAUAAGAAAACGAAACAUUGGUUUGACUGCUCCAUUAUUAGUAGAAAGUAUGAUUCUCCCUCAUCAGCAGAGUAUGCAUGUACAAAAAAUUGCAGUCAUACAAUUCUUCAUCCUUUUGAAAAAAAGAAUGAAAUGGAAAAAAUUACUAGCUUUAACUAUUUAAUGAAAAAUUAUGAUAUAAAAAAUUUGAUGCUUUUUUUCAUUUGUUGUCUUUUCCGUUUCAGUGAAUUGUUUAUUGAGUUUAGAUCAUCAUCAGAAAUGGAUUUUCAUAAUAAAUUUAGAAGUAAAGUCAGCGGGAUUGACAGUAACAACCACGAUGAUAAGGGUGAAAAGGGGGAUGGAUUCAAUACACACAUGUAUGAUCGUGCAGACUAUCCUAGAUAUAAAAUUCAUCCUAAUACUUGUGAAGAGCAGAAGCAACCAUGCACUUCCAUCGAUUCAAUCAGAAUGAGCUGCAAUAGCGAUGAGGAACUUAUUAGAGUGGUAGAUACAUUAGUAGAAGAGUGCACCGUUAGAAGAGGUGGUGGUACUGACAGCGGUACUAGCAGCGGCAUUCGGUGCUGCACGAACGCAGGGGGAGAACGCAUUGUUCUUUUUCAAAUACUGUACGAUAUUGUUAAGGCCAUAAAGGCGAACUACAGAGCCAUAUAUGGGGUAUAUAUCCUGGUAGAGGAAAGAAUAAAUGAAGAGAACCUAAAAAUUAUAGAUCUCUUCAAGUUAAUAGAAAAUUAUGCUAAAGUACAUGUAUACAUAAACAAUUUAAAAAAGAUGAAUGAAGAAAGAAUAAAUAAAUUAGAGAAUGAAUUAUGUGCAUGUAAUUUAAAAAAUGAAAAUAUAACAAACAUACAUAUGGAAGAUUUACGAAGUAAUGAAAGGAUAAUCAAUGAAAAGGAGGUCAUCAUAAACGACCUGAAGGAGGUGAUAGAAAAGUUGGAAAAAGAUAAUCAAAUGGUGCAUAAAUUGUUAUGUGAACAGAAAGAAGAAGAACGGAACUGUUAUUAUAAUUUACAUACCGAUCCUCAAAAAUGUAAAGAAGAGGAAAAGGAAAACAUAUCUUCAAGUAACAGAACUCACGACUUGCACAGUGACAAAAUAAAUGCUUGCAUAAGUAAAAUAAAUGAAUUAAAUGAUGAAGUAAACUUGCUCAAAAAGAAAGAAAACGCUCAAACUGUGAACAGCAGCAACUGCGGUAAUUGCGGAAACUGCGGAAACUGCGGGAACGGCAGUAAGCGCUUUAACUGUUGUGAUAAGAAGCGGAAGGACAGCUCUUCUGCGUCGUCUUCUUCCUCUCCAAGAAGUAAUACCUACGCAUGCACUCAAAAGAAGAAAAAAGAUCUUAAUAAAAUUAUGAACAGUACAGGAAAUAAUAAAAAGUGCGAAAAGAGAAAAUAUGAAAAAGGUGAGAAAAUUAACCAAAUGGACACCUUAACAUACUUUGAAGUGAAUAAAGUGUGCAACAUAUUUUUUAUCUUAAAAGAGAAAAUAUUACUCUUCAUUUUGUAUAUUUAUAAAAAGUUAUAUAAGAAUGCCUUUACAAAUAUAUACUACAUUAAGCAGUUUUACACACAAAUAAUAAAUAUAUUCCUGAACAUCCCGAAACAAGUAAAUGUAAAUAUUUUAUUCGUUAAAAAGAGGGAAAUUAAUUGUAGUCUAUACAUAAAAAAAGAAAACAUAAAUACUGUCGACAUGAGUCUACUGAGACAAGAUAACAACUCGUUUUAUGGUUUCCGUGGUGAUAGCUCGAUGGAAAUGAUAAUGGAAGUAAACAAGAAACAAGUGGAUGAUCCCGAUGAUCAUAAUAAUAAUAAUAGUGAUGAUGAAAAAAUAAAAAAGAAAAAAAAAAAAGAAAAAAGAAAAAAGAAGAAAGCCAAUCUCGAUGAUACCAACGACAAUGAUAUCUACAGCGACUAUUACAAUAACAGUAACACUAAAAGUAACAACUACAGUGAUGAUUAUGAUGGCGAUUGGGAUGGUAAAAAUAAACAGGUGAGUGUAAACAACACGGAGUCGAUAAGAAAAAAAAAUAAUAAUAAAAACAAGAAUAAUGAUAACAUAGGCUACGUAAGCUCAUCCGAUAAGGUAAGUUAUACAUGA